AUGCAUUUUGGUACGAUGAGGCGCACGAGACGCAAGAAGCUCCGAGCGUUGCGCGUCUGUGUGACCACGUUUUUCACGUGGUGCCACAUGGAGAGGUAUUUAGCCGUUGGGGAGCAUUUGUCAGUCCAAUCCAUUAGUGACACCGGGGGCGAGUCACGAAAGCAAAUAUCUCAGAAGAGCCAUGAUAAAAAAACUAUUGUGUCAACUCUUGCAACAGAAGAUUCAGACACAUCUCAAACUAGAGUUUUACAUAAAACGACAGAAGAAAGUAAUAUUUUAAAAUUACAAAACAUAGAAGAUGUGCAAACUCGGCAAGUACCGUGGAGAAAGACUAGGAUCGCUUCAUUAACAAAAUUAGAAGAACAAACACUAGAAACGAAACAUUGGCGAAAACCACGUCGUGAAGAUAACAAUUUGAUUAAGGAUACGGAAACUGAAGAAGAAGAACGUCUUGUGAGACAGCAGUCUAAGCCUAAAACAGAUAAAAAACCUCUAUUUUUAGAUAAAAUUUCUGUAGUAGAAGAUUCUUCGGUCUUAGAGAUAUCUAAAGAGGAAGACACUAAAGUGGAAAUGCCUGUUGAAAAAGAAAUGGGACCUGAUAAGUACCCUGACAAACAGUUACGAGAACAGGUACCAUGGACUCAAGAGGCAAUUAAAUUACGGCCAACAAAAGUAGAAAAAACGCCUAUUUCAAAAGAAAAGUUUGAAGACGUGUCACUCAAACCAGUCAGAAAAAGUUCAUUGCAGAAGACUGAUGCAGUAGUUAUCGAAGAUUCGACUAUAACUUCCGAAGGCUUGGAAAACGUAAAAGUUGUUGAACAUCAAAGCGAUAUUUCAAAAAGUAAAACCCUAAUGCAAACAACUGAGGACUCUUCUAUGUUAGAUUUAAAACAAACCGAUGAAAUUCUUCGAAAACAGACAACUAGAAGUAAAUCGGAAAUAAAACCAUUAGAUAAGCUUGUAAAAGACCAACAAGUACCUUGGACACAAGAAGCCAUAAAAUUACGUCCCACUAAAGUUGAAAAAUCCCCAAUUCCAAAAGAAAAGUUUGAAGACGUGGAUUUAAGACCACUGCGGGAAAGUUCGUUACAAAAGAUUGAGACAGUAGUUAUUGAAGAUUUGAUUACAGCUGUAGAAGAUACAGUAAUUUUAAAAAUUACCGAUGGUGAAGAUACUGAUAAAAUCAAGCCAUUUGAAAACGAUAAACCGUAUCAAGAAAUACAACCAGAAACAGUUUCGUGGCGUGUUGGUAAAAGACAAGCAAAAGAAAAACCACUAGUAGAAGAGUCAGAUCUCAAGCGUAUUUCAAAACCUCAAGUGCCAAAAGAAGAACAACCAGGAGAUAAACCACUUAUAAAAGAAAAGCCAGUUGAAGAUCAAAAGCCAGAAGAGGUAUCGUGGCGUGUUGGAAAAAAACGAACCAAGGAAGAACCAUUAGUGAAAGCACCAGAAGAAGAAACGCUAGAGGAGGAUGCUAAACUCAAGCCAGUGCAAAUAGUUAAACCAAUAGAUCAGCCUGAAGAAGCUAAACUUAAGCCGGUUAGAAAGGUGAAACUUGAAGAGUCGACGGUUGAAGAAGCAGUUCUCAAGCCUGGAUCUAAACAAAAAGCACCUGAACAGGAAAAACCUGAGGAGGUUAAGCUUAAACCUGUUAAAAAAGGAAAACCGAAGGAGGAAGACCAGCAAGAAGAGGUUUCAUGGCGUGUAGGGAAGAGGCGUCCGAAAGAAGAAAAGCCAGUCGAAGAAGUAGAUCUUAAACCUGUUCCCAAACAAAAAGCACUAGAAGAACAAACACCAGAAGAGGUUACACUUGAACCAAUUAAGAAAGAAAAACCAGUUGAAGAAAUAAAAUCAGAUGAGGUUUCGUGGCGUGUUGGAAAGAAACGACCUAAAGAAGAACCUUUGGUGAAAGAAGUAGACCUUAAGCCUAUUUCAAAACCAAAAGCACCAGAAGAUGACAAAACAGAGGAAGUACAUCUGAAACCUGUUAAAAAAGAAAAACCGACGGAAGAUGAGCAGCCAAAAGAGGUUUCGUGGCGUGUAGGAAAGAGGCGUCCAAAAGAAGAAAAAUCAGUCGAAGAAGUAGAUCUUAAGCCUGUUCCAAAACCAAUAGCACCAGAAGAAGAAAAACCAGAAGAAAUAAAACUUAAACCAACGAAAAAGGUGAAGCCAGAGGAAGAACAAAAGCCAGAGGAGGUCUCGUGGCCUGUUGGUAAGAGACGCCCUAAAGAGGAACCAUCAGUGGAAGAAGUAGACCUAAAGCCUAUUCCGAAACCAAAAGCACCUGAAGAAGACAAGCCAGAGGAAGUCAAGGUAAAACCCAUAAGAAAAGUAAAACCUGAAGAGCCAUCAAUUGAAGAAGUUGUACUCAAACCAGUACCAAAACAAAAAGCACCAGAAGAAGAAAAGUCCGAGGAAAUUAAGCUUAAGCCUAUUCCGAAGGAAAAACUGACGGAGGAAGAGCAGCCGCAAGAAGUUACAUGGCGCGUAGGGAAGAGGCGCCCAAAAGAAGAAAAACCAGUCGAAGAAGUAGAUCUUAAGCCUGUUCCAAAACCAAUAGCACCAGAAGAAGAAAAACCAGAAGAAAUAAAACUUAAACCAACGAAAAAGGUGAAGCCAGAGGAAGAACAAAAGCCAGAGGAGGUUUCGUGGCCUGUUGGUAAGAGGCGCCCUAAAGAGAAACUAUCAGUGGAAGAAGUAGACUUAAAGCCUAUUCCGAAAUCAAAAGCACCUGAAGAAGACAAGCCAGAGGAAGUCAAGCUAAAACCCAUAAGAAAAGUAAAACCUGAAGAGCCAUCAAUUGAGGAAGUUGUACUCAAACCAGUACCAAGACAACCAGCACCAGAAGAAGAAAAGCCCGAGGAAAUUAUGCUUAAGCCUAUUCCGAAGGAAAAACUGACGGAGGAAGAGCAGCCGCAAGAAGUUACAUGGCGCGUAGAAAAGAGGCGUCCAAAAGAAGAAAAACCAGUUGAAGAAGUAGAUCUUAAGCCUGUUCCAAAACCAAUAGCACCAGCAGAAGAAGAAAAACCAGAAGAAUUAAAACUUAAACCAAUGAAAAAGGUGAAGUCAGAAGAAGAACAAAAGCCAGAAGAGGUUUCGUGGCCUGUUGGUAAGAGACGCCCUAAAGAGAAACUAUCAGUGGAAGAAGUAGACCUAAAGCCUAUUCCGAAAUCAAAAGCACCUGAAGAAGACAAGCCAGAGGAAGUCAAGCUAAAACCCAUAAGAAAAGUAAAACCUGAAGAGCCAUCAAUUGAGGAAGUUGUUCUCAAACCAGUACCAAAACAAAAAGCACCAGAAGAAGAAAAGUCCGAGGAAAUCAAGCUUAAGCCUGUUAAGAAGGAAAAACUGACGGAGGAAGAGCAGCCGCAAGAAGUUACAUGGCGCGUAGGGAAGAGGCGACCAAAAGAAGAAAAACCAGUCGAAGAAGUAGAUCUUAAGCCUAUUCCUAAACCAAUAGCACCAGAAGAAGAAAAACCAGAAGAAAUAAAACUUAAACCAACGAAAAAGGUGAAGCCAGAGGAAGAACAAAAGCCAGAGGAGGUCUCGUGGCCUGUUGGUAAGAGACGCCCUAAAGAGGAACCAUCAGUGGAAGAAGUAGACCUAAAGCCUAUUCCGAAACCAAAAGCACCUGAAGAAGACAAGCCAGAGGAAGUCAAGCUAAAACCCAUAAGAAAAGUAAAACCUGAAGAGCCAUCAAUGGAGGAAGUUGUACUCAAACCAGUACCAAGACAACUAGCACCAGAAGAAGAAAAGCCCGAGGAAAUUAAGCUAAAGCCUGUUCCAAAGGAAAAACUGACGGAGGAAGAGCAGCCGCAAGAAGUUACAUGGCGCGUAGGGAAGAGGCGUCCAAAAGAAGAAAAACCAGUUGAAGAAGUAGAUCUUAAGCCUGUUCCAAAACCAAUAGCACCAGCAGAAGAAGAAAAACCAGACGAAAUAAAACUUAAACCAACGAAAGAGGUAAAAUCAGAAGAAGAACAAAAGCCAGAGGAGGUUUCGUGGCCUGUUGGUAAGAGACGUCCUAAAGAAGAACCAUUAGUGGAAGAUGUAGACCUAAAGCCCAUUCCGAAACCAAAAGCACCCGAAGAAGAAAAGCCAGAGGAAGUCAAGCUAAAACCCAUAAGAAAAGUAAAACCUGAAGAGCCCUCAAUUGAGGAAAUUGUACUCAAACCAGUACCAAAACAAUCAGCACCAGAAGAAGAAAAGCCCGAGGAAAUUAAGCUAAAGCCUGUUCCAAAGGAAAAACCUACGGAGGAAGAGCAGCCGCAAGAGGUUACAUGGCGCGUAGGGAAGAGGCGUCCAAAAGAAGAAAAACCAGUUGAAGAAGUAGAUCUUAAGCCUGUUCCAAAACCAAUAGCACCAGCAGAAGAAAAACCAGAAGAAAUAAAACUUAAACCAACGAAAAAGGUGAAGCCAGAGGAAGAACAAAAGCCAGAGGAGGUCUCGUGGCCUGUUGGUAAGAGACGCCCUAAAGAGGAACCAUCAGUGGAAGAAGUAGACCUAAAGCCUAUUCCGAAACCAAAAGCACCUGAAGAAGACAAGCCAGAGGAAGUCAAGGUAAAACCCAUAAGAAAAGUAAAACCUGAAGAGCCAUCAAUUGAAGAAGUUGUACUCAAACCAGUACCAAAACAACCAGUAUCAGAAGAAGAAAAGCCCGAGGAAAUCAAGCUUAAGCCUGUUAAGAAGGAAAAACUGACGGAGGAAGAGCAGCCGCAAGAGGUUACAUGGCGCGUAGGGAAGAGGCGUCCAAAAGAAGAAAAACCAGUCGAAGAAGUAGAUCUUAAGCCUGUUCCAAAACCAAUAGCAUCAGCAGAAGAAGAAAAACCAGAAGAAAUAAAACUUAAAGUAACUAAAAAGGUGAAGCCAGAAGAAGAACAAAAGCCAGAGGAGGUUUCGUGGCCUGUUGGUAAGAGACGCCCUAAAGAAGAACCAUCAGUGGAAGAAGUAGACCUAAAGCCCAUUCCGAAACCAAAAGCACCAGAAGAAGAUAAGCCAGACGAAGUCAAACUUAAGCCAGUUAGAAAGGUGAAACCUGAAGAUUUACCAGUUGAAGAAGUAGUCCUCAAACCAGUACCGAAACAAAAGGAACUAGAAAACGAAAAACCCGAGGAAGUAAAGCUGAAGCCAAUUGAAAAGACAGAAAAGGAAAAAACAGAUACAUUAAAAACGGUAGAAAAACACAGGAAGAAGAUAAAGAAAAAAAUUGAAAAGGAGGAGACCACGGAAGUUGGGCCGUUAAUAAUUCAGCCAAUAAAGGCCAUGAAUGUAUGUGACAACCAUGAUUUUGAACUUGAAGUUAGUUUUACGCCAAAUUUUGUCGAUAACAUUACUUGGUUUCGUAAUAAUCAAUUGAUUCAAAAAAGUGAUGAUAGUUGUAUAAUAAUAGAAAAUGGCAGAUCAAUGCUGAAAAUCCUGAAAGCUGAUAAAAAUAAAGUUGGUAAAUAUGAGGUACUGAUACAAAAAGACGAUGUUGUCUUGAAAUCAGCAUGCACUGUAAAAUUAAUAAAGCCAACGCAACAAAAUUAUGUGGAACCACCCACUUUUGUAAAACCAUUAAUGCCCAAAUACGUUCGUUUGGGAGAAAUAGUUCUUUUGGAAAUAGAGGUGGAAUCAAAUCCGUGUGCAUCUUUUCAAUGGUUCAUCGGCAACAGAGAUGUUUUAGGCUACGUAAAGGAAAAUAAGAUACAUAAUAUAUAUAUAACCAAUAAGCAAAACGUAUCAUGUCUUUGUAUAGAAAACAUGACCCAAGAACUAUUUGGUAUAAUAACGUGCAGAGCUGAAAAUUUCGGCGGAUCUGUCUCGUCGUCCGCGUCUCUAUCCUUAGAUAAAUCUGUUAAAGAGACGCCUGGUAGAGCACCCGAAUUUAUUUCACCCUUACAAUGUACAACGGUAAUGGAUGGAGAGCCAAUAAUAUUGAAAUGCACUAUCGAUGCUGAACCUUGGCCUAAAAUUGAUUGGUACCUUAACGGAAAUUGUAUAGAGUGGGCUAGAGAUAUUACCGUUGGCCGUCAAGAAUCUGGAUUGUGUGAACUUUGCAUAAAGGAAGCUUUCCCGGAAAUGUCGGGUACAUACAGCUGUGUGGCUGAGAACGAAUACGGGCGAAGCAGUUGCGAAUGUAUAGUGACUGUGGAAGCAUACGAAUAUGUACCUAGCGCGUCCGAAGAAGAUAUCUUGAGCGACGAAAAAACUAGUGACAUUGAAGAAUUUGCUCCUAAGAUUAUAAAGGCGUUGCCAACUGUGGUAUCUGCUGCCGAAGGAGAGCUGACGAGGUUUGUCGCAAAGGCUAUUGGAGUGCCCACUCCUGAGACAAAAUGGCUAAAGCAAGGUGAAGAAAUCCAUCCUUCUGAAGAAUAUCAGAUUGAGGAAUUAGAUGAUGGCACAUCGAUACUGAUCAUACCUGAAGUGUAUCAGGACGAUACCGGAGAGGUCUCAUUUGAAGCUACUAAUCCACUAGGCGCAGCAUCCACAGUAGCAGCAUUAUCUGUUGAGAGUGUCGUCGGAACUACUGACUACAGGAAACCGGAAUGGGUGACGCACAUGGAAAAAUUACAGAAGGCUUUAAAAGUAAGUCACUUUGUCCCAACAUUCGUGAAAACACUUACGAGCCAACGUGCACGCGUCGAACAAACUGUCAUUUUCACUGCAAGCUACACAGGCGUGCCCAAGCCAGAUAUCACUUGGUACAAAGAUGGUGAGGUAAUUAAGACUGAUGAAAUUUACACCAUAGAAAACGAUGGUGAAACAACAGUAUGCAAAAUAACCACCGUGAACAAAAGCUCUGAAGGCACAUAUCGUUGUGAAGCCGUUAGUGACGUAGGCAAGGCGUCGACUACUGCCACGCUGCGAGUGAUCGAGAGUAAGGAGACUGUUGACAAGGUAACGACGAAGAAAACGAAGAUUAUAAAGAAAGAUCAAAGAAGACAGGUUGUGGAAGAAGUUUCUAUAUUAGGAAUGGAAGAAGUUCCAGAUGAAGUUACUGGAGAUGAAGCACCAAUUGAAGAAAGUACGAUUGAUCGCAUAGAGCCUGAGGUAGUUAACAAAGAAACAGUCGAGAAAGUCACAAUUAAGAAAACAAAAGUUAAAAAGGAUCUAAGGAAAGACAAAGUGGAAGUGGAAGAGACUGUGGAAGAUAUUAUUCCCACAAAAGAAGACGAAGAUACUAUACCAAAGGAAGUUAUUGAGGGUCGUGAAGUUGAAAGUGAAAUACCUGAAAUUGUUGAUGAAGAAACAGUUGAAAAACUCAUAACGAAGAAAACCAAAGUGAAGAAAGAAAAACGAAAAGAACAAGUAAAAGAGAUUUUAGAAGAUGUAGUAGUUUCUUCGAUCGAGGAUGAUACGGUUCCGGAUGAAAUAAUCGAAGAAGAAGUGCCCGUUGAAGAGACUAUAGUCUCUCGUAAGGAACCAGAGCUUGUAGAAGAUGAAACUGUUGAAAAAGUCACCACGAAGAAAACCAAAGUAAAGAAAGAAAAAAGAAAAGAACAGGUAAAACAAAUUGUAGAAGACAUAACAGUUUCUUCGAUUGAAGAAGACACUGUUCCGGAUGAAAUAAUUGAAGAAGAAGCACCUGUUGAAGAGAAUGAAGUCCCUCGCGAAGAACCAGAGCUUGUCGAAGAUGAAACGAUUAAAAAGGUCACCACAAAGAAAACGAAAGUAAAGAAAGAAAAAAGGAAAGAACAGGUGAAAGAGAUUGUAGAAGAUGAAGUUAUUUCUGUGACAGAGGAAGAUACCGUUCCGGAGAAAGUCACCGUGGAGGAGUUGCCCAUUGAAGAGAUUAAAAUAGAUCGCGAGGAACCGGACAUUGUCGAAGAAAUUACAGUUGAAAAAAUUACCACGAAGAAAACUAAAGUAAAGAAAGAUAAACGAAAAGAAUUAGUAAAAGAGGUUAUAGAAGAUGUUGUUAUUUCUGCGACGGAAUCGCCUGAUGAGAAACCAGAGAUUGAUGAACUCGAUCGUUUAGAAUCUCUACCCGCAGAUGACGCCGUGGAAAUAGAGGAAGUGCUUGAAGUUAUCGAUGUCAAAAAGUUCGGACCCGGAGAAUCGCCUUUACGUGAAUUGGCCAAGAUUGGCUACAUGUUAAGGAAGGGCGCAACGACCGAAGAGAUUGAGAGCUUGUACGACGCUCAAUGCUUUCCGGCGCUACGAGCCCCGCAGGCGCAAUCUGCACUCGUGCGUCUCGUCGAACGACAAGGUCACAGCGGCCUCAUUACAGAGGCCCUCACCCAGGAGACGACUCAAGCAGAGGAUGUUAUCGCUGCCAAGGUUGGUUUCCGCGCCUUCAUGAGGAUGAUUGUCUCCAAACACGCUACAGUCGAGGAAGUUAUCACGCACUUCAGUCCAGAGGAUUUUAAGCCGAGAUCUUGGGAACACAAGGAAGCGAGCGAGACUGUCGUCCAGUCGGUAGAAGAGGUUGCAAAGAAGUCAGCUAUCAAAGUAUUAAAAGAUACGACGGUUGUGCCCGAAGAAGAAAAGCCCGCCGAGGAUACGAAUGAAAAAACCAAAAGCAAAAAAUCCAAAAAACAAAGAAUAGGUUCAACAACAUUUGAAAUAGAAGAAGACGUUACAAUAAAAAAGUUGCUUGAAGUUCUCCCGAAACAGAGUGCGGAAUAUGUUGAAGAUGAAGAAGCUAGGCCAUUUGAGGAUGAGCAUAUCUUAUGUAUUACUACUUUAGCCACAGAUGUUCACGAUAGUAAAAUAGAAGUAAUUCCAGCCAGUGAAGUUACUCAUAUUGUUCUAGAACACCAAAAGUGCAAAGAUAAAGCUAAUGUGAAAUUUACCACGAAUUAUUCGAUCGCGAGUGGUAUCCAAGAAGUUCACGAAAAAGAGGAACCGUUACACACAAAACAAGGAAGUUUUAGAAAUGUUCAGGAAUCGUACAAUCAAAUGGAAUCAUUGCAGGUUACUGAAAUAGAUAUUGAUCAUUCUGUAGGUGAAUAUCAAGGGAAAACAAUAAAAGCUGAGAGUAAGGCCCGUAAAAGUCUUGUGCCUGCUGAAAAUAUCGUAACUGAAGAGACAGUUGUGCAUAUGACUACUACCGAUACCAGUAUAGAAGAUCAAAAACAAGUGGAAAAAGCAAUAUCAACAAUUAUUUUACAAGAUGCUUUGAAUGUUUCACAAGAUGUCACCGCCAUUGACGAAAUACCCUUAAAAGAUUCUAUUGUUACCAAAUCUGUUGCAGAGAUAUCUAUCACGCCGUUAACCGGGUUAGAGGUAACACAAGUUGAAGAAGAGUCCAGAGAACAUGAGUUAGUAAGUAGAAGUCUUGACAAACCAGUUAAAUCGAAUGUCAAUUUUAAUUUACUGGAAUCGGUAGAAGUAAGAGAAAUUUUCGUUGACGACAAAUCGGGAAAAUAUUAUCCAGAAUUAAUUGUGCCAACGGAAAUGGCUAAGAAAAAUAUUUUAGUAUCAAACCAGAUUGUUACUGAAAUUUAUAAUAUACAAGAGAAAGAAGGGUCUUUAGGCUUACAAAAAGUACCACAUCCACAAGAAGCUAACAUAAACGUUGUAUCAAAAGAAAGCAUCCUUGUGUCAACAAAUGAUGUUCAUGAAAAAGAAGGCUCUUUAUCUAUAGUUAAUCUUCCUGAUGAAGCGAACGUUGAAAAAGAUUUAAUAUUGCAUUCUAGUUUAUGCAACUAUAUGACGAUACCUCAUUUUAAGGAGUCUGAAUUCACACCUGAAAUAUGCGUAGAGAAAAAAGCUGGUAUAAGUUUUAGUGAACACCAGCAUAAGAGUAACUUUGAAACUAACAUUCAUGAUUCCGAAAUUUCAUUACCAGAAAGAGAAAGUUUAACAAGGAAUCAGGCAAAUGUUACUUUAUUUGCAUUAGAUAAAAAUAUGACUGAAGAAGUCCAAAUACACGAGCGUGAAAAAGAAUUUAUAAAAGUGGAAGAUAAACAAUCUGUACAAGCCCAAAUUGAUAUUAAACCUAUUGAGUCGCUUAUUACUUCAGAAACAUUGCAACUUACAGCUCCUGGGAAUAUAAAACCAAUAGAUAAAGUAGACAGUAAAACAGCAACGGAAGCUGUUAUCACUGAAAAUGCAAAAAUUGUGACUACACCUUUUAUACACGACCAAGAAAUUUCGCAGUUAUACCCCACAAAGAAUGCAGAAAAUGUGUCUGUUUCUUUAAUUCCAAAUAUUUCUAUAUCCGUUUUGGAAAUUAGUGCAUCAGAUUUAGAAAAUAAACUGGUGGUAGACAAAAUUCCUGAGGUAUCUAAUACUCAACCAAAACUAACUCAUAAUUUCAAGAGUCUCGUUUUUGAAGAAGUGACUACAUCUAGUCAAGUAGAUAUUUUACAACCUUUAGAUAAAAAACCCAAUAAUGCUACUGAACAGAGAGAUUUACAUACAGAGGUAACUGUUCUUCAAGCCACAGUGCAGGAACAACUACAAAAAUUAGAAGACCAUGCAGAAAAUCAAACAAAAGCUUUUACUUCAUUCACUGAAAAUGAAAGUUUGAAUAUAAUAGAAACGGUACCAAAUGACACGGAAAAACAAUUAGUUAUUGACAAUAGUAUGUCAAAUAAAUUUGCUAUAAUAGAUGUUGAUGUAGGUCAUAAAGCUGCAGUUGUAACCGAAACAAAUUUGCGCGAUUCUACAAAGCAACUAGAAACUCCACAAACUGAAAGUCGUAAAGCAAAUGUAACAUCUCAACCAAAUUACCCGAUUCAAAUAACUGAAAACGCAGUAUUAGACAGUCAAGCAAUUUUAGAAACGAUUGACAAACCAUGUUCAAAAUUAAUUAGCCAAGAAAUUGUUCCUGUACAAGAAAUUCUAAAAAUAUCGGAAAUCUUAACGCAUGAUAAAGAGGAGCCUUACAGUAGUAUUAUACCAUCUCAAAAAGUUUGUGAACAAUCUAAAGAUUUAGUUAGUAGACCUGUAGCAACUUCUUUGGAAUUGGUUCCAAGUUCUAGUGUAGCGUUCACGGAGAGAUUUGACGUAUCUGAUAAAAUUGUUAAAGCCAGCCUAGAAAGUUUUCCUCAUACAGAAGUUGUUAUAUCAACUACUGAAUGUAAUGAAAAAGAGAGCUUGCUAACACUAAGCAGUACACCAUUUGUUGCAGCAACAUUUAAUUUUAAUUCAAUGCAGGCUGUUAUGAUAGACGAAAAUACAUCUGAAAUAUUGCCGACAAAGCUUAAAACUCAAGAUGAUUCGCAAAGAAUUAAUCUGACACCAACUCCUAUAACCUCUGAAGCUAUAGUGCAGCAAGAAACUAUUGUAAAUUCAUCAGAAUUGACUUUAGAUGUUCCAGAUGAAGUUAAACAAACAAAAGCUUUAAUUACGGUCUUUGCUCUUUCUACUCCAAACCAAAUGGUUGAAAUAACUCAUGAAAAAGAAAACGAAUUUACAUCUCCAAAAAUCCCAGAACAGCACGAGGUUAAUAUAAAAUUGCGUGAGCAUAGUGGAUUGGAAAUCAUUGAAACUAUAUCUCAAUCUGAUAACUUAAAAGAGACAGAAAAAUUCGAGCUUCCUCAGAAAACAGCUCAAGCUAAAUUUGAUGAAGUGUAUGGUAAAACGGCCAACAUAGAAGAGGUGACAGUUAUACAAUCGCCAAAAGAUUUUACACAAGAUUUACCUCAACAAAAACCUGGAAUAAAUACGUCUGAACUAUUAAAUUUAGAACAAACAGAAACAGUAGUAGCUGAUAGUGAAGGUAUACUGUUAUACGAAAAACCCCUAAAAUGUAAUGUUACGUCGAAUUAUGUCGAAUCUCAGUCUGUAAUUGAAAGUUCUAUUAAUAUAUCCGAAAAAGAAAAAGAAUUUGAAGAUCAUUUUGUUUUACCUAGUCAUGGCGCUACUGUCGAGUUUGUGCCGUAUACUGGAAUUAUAAGCACCGAAGUGAAUAUAUCCAAUAUGACAGAAAAUCUUAAACAACUCGAAAAUAUACAUAGAGAUCAAGCUCUAAAAACCAAUAUAGAAUUACAAGCAGCCGUAGAUAUUUCAGAAGUAUUUCUUAAAGAGUCAGAAGCUCCUUUAAAACAAAUACCAGUUGCAAAAUCACAUACACUUCAACCUUUACAAAAUAUUACACUACACACUUCUUUAGAUACAAUGGAAACUGUUGUUAAUGAACAAGAAACCGAUAUUAUUGUACCAUUACACAAUAUGAAAUAUCAAAAGGUAGAUUUUACUGUAAAUCCGUGCCACUAUGUUGAUGUAUCAGAGGAGGUAAUUGCAGAAAAAGAAAGUAAAUUAAAUGUAGAUGAAACAUCUGCAAAAACUAUUAAUAAUGUAACUUUUGACACUCAUAAACAUAUAAAUGUUGAUGUUUGUCAAACAACUGAAUUUGAAAACGUACUGGAAAAAAUUGAUUAUGCUACAAAACAAAUAAAAGAUUUUAGUCUAGAUACUGCCACACCAUUAUACAUUAGUGAAGUAAAAAGUGAAGAACAACCAGAAAUCUUAUUAUGUUUUAAUGAAAAGCGAAAGGAAAUGUCAAUAUUAAGUCUAGAAGUGGGUGACCACAUUAAUACUAUAGAAAUAGUUCCAUAUGAAAAAGGAGAAAACUUAAGUCCAGUUAAAUAUGAUAAAACAGAAAAUUUGACUCCAAAUAUUGAAGGAGUACAACAUGUUACUGUCCUUGAAAUAGAAUCCAUAGAGAAUGAGCAACCUUUAGAAAGUGGACGUAAACAAACGGAAAAACAAGCUAACUUUUCUCUUGAAUGUAUGUCUUCAUUUUUAGUUCACGAAGUAUUACCAAAAGAAACAGAAUUGCCAUUUAUACAAAAAAAUAUACAAAAAGAAGAAAAACCAUCAUCACGAUUAGAUUCACAGCAGCAUGUAGUGGUUACGAAUGUCUUUCCUGAAGAAAAAGAGGAAAUUCUUCAAACUGUUGCCCACCCUCUAACUAAAACUCAAACAGUCAGUAUUAAAACAACUGAUCAUGUUUUAACGUGCGAAGAUGUAGCAUUUCAGGAUGCAUUAAAAUUUGUAGAUAGCAAUGAGACAAAGGGUGAGACAGCUAUAGAAACGCAUGUUAUCUUAGAAAGUUUAAAUAAACAAGAGCAGCAAGUAAUUGAAAGUAUAGAGACGUUCGAUAAACCCAAAGAGCUACCAAAAUCAUUCGCAAAGAAAGAAAUUUCCGAUCUUACAGCGGCUGAAUGUACAGAGGUUUUUGUUCAUGAAGAGUCUGAUACCUUCAACAAACAGCCCAAUAAAGAAGAACACGGGAUAGAAACGCAAACUACAGCAAAAGAAGUGAUAACUUUAUUACCCGAUAUAAUUGAUAGUAUAUCAAAAUUGCCAGAAAACCGAGUUACACAAAAUUCUGCUAAGUACGAAUUUGAACUGAAUAAAAUAUAUGUUAUAGAAGAAAACAUUACUCAAGAAUUUCCUGAACCUUUAGAAACAAUAACAGAUACCACGAAAAAAGCUGAAGAAGAAAUCACUGAAUUAAAAAGCAUUGAACAAACUGAAGUUGUGUUAGAAGAGAAACCACAGUCGUUCGAUAAAAGUAAGACAAUCAUGACCCAGCAAGCCGAAGAAACUACGGUAUUUUUAGAAGGGCUACACGCUUCUAAGCAGCAAACACUAGAGACUACUAGUGAUAUUAUUACAGAAUCACUCACUGAACCUUCUAAAGCUAGUAUCAAUUUAGACUGUCUAUCAACCUUUAUCGUUUCGGAAAGUGUUUCUGAAGAAUCCGUGUCUGAUGUCAUAAAAGAACACAUCAAAAAGAGUAACGUCAAAAAAGAUGUUCUAAUUUUAAAACCUGUUGAACAAACCGAAAUUGUUGUUGAUGAAAAUACCACAAAUAUAACGGAAAAGACAAUGGAACUAAAAGUUGCACAUCUAAAACCUAUUCAACAUGAAACACCUGAAUAUGAAGAAAGUUUACCCAUACUGCGGGAAGAUACUCACAUUUUAGAAGAUGAACGUCUUCAUUCGAUUUCACCUAGAUCAUCAGAUAUAGAGGAAUCUGAAGAAAUAAUAACAAAAUUUAUGCAAACUCCAGGGAAGAGUGAUCCUGUGCAAAUUAAAACCAAACGAACGAUACUAAGAAAAAAGAAAAAAACAAAGAGUACUUUAAACCGUAUGAAUGAAGGUAGUCAACAUGAAGGUGACAUUGUUAUAGAAGAAACAAUAGAUGAUGAUUUCGAUGACACACCCACUAGAGAUUCAAAACAUAGUGUCAAAAUAGAAGAGUAUGAAGGAGAAGAAAUUUCUGAUAACACUGUAGCUGAUAAAAGUAUGGUAGAAUUACCAGAUGACAACUUUUAUAUACCAAAAAUACUAACACAUGUACAUAUAGAAGAAAUGGUUGAAAUUGACAAAACGCCUCAAAAAGUUAAAAAUCAAGAAGAGGACAAGAUACCAGUUGGCAUUGUACAAACUACAAAAGAACUCACUGACGACACCCUAAAACCAUUCAAAGAUUUAAACUUAACUGAUCAUGCUCAGGUAGUCGAAGAGAAGCCUGAAGAAGUUAUAGUGACUGAAGUCGAAACUGAAACUGGUGAAACUAAGAAAGUUAAAACUACUAAACGUGUAACCAAAAAAGAUAAAGGAAAAACUAAAGAAGUCACUGAGAUUAUAACAGUUGAAAAGGACACAGAAAAACCGGUAACAGGCGUAACAAUUACAGAAAAGAUGUCACCUGAGAAAGAAGACAUUAAGCCAGUUGAGGUCGUCGAACUUCCAGAAGAGACCACAUUUGAAGAGACAGAAACGCCUGAAGGUAAGCGCAAAGUUAAGAAAAUCACAAAGCGUACAAUCAGAAAACUCGGACCGAAAAAAGAAACUACACAAAUUAUUACUGAACAAGAAGAUGACAAGACACCAGUCGUCACAGUACACACUACACAAGAACUCACUGACGAAACCGUAACACCUUCAGAUGACUUACACAUUCCUGAACAAGCUAAGAUUGUCGAAGAGCAGCCUGAAGAAGUCAAAGUGACUGACGUCAUAACUGAAGCAGGUGAGACUAAGAAGGUGAAAACUACUAAACGUGUAAUUAAGAAAGAUAAAGGGAAAAAGAAAGAAGUCACUGAGAUUGUUACAGUCGAGAAAGACGGAGAAGAACCGGUAACAAGCGUCACAGUGACAGAAGAAAAGUCGCCUGAGGAAGAAGACAUUAAGCCAGUUGAGAUCGUCGAACUUCCAGAAGAGACCACAUUUGAAGAGACAGAAACGCCUGAAGGUAAGCGCAAAGUUAAGAAAAUCACUAAGCGUAUAAUCAGAAAACUAGGCCCGAAAAAAGAAACUACACAAAUUAUUACUGAACAAGAAGAUGACAAGACACCAGUCGUCACAGUGCACACUACACAAGAACUCACUGACGAAACCGUAACACCACUCGAUGACUCGCACAUUCCUGAACAAGCUGAGGUAGUAGAAGAGCAGCCUGAAGAAGUCAAAGUGACUGACGUCAUUACAGAAACAGGUGAGACUAAGAAAGUGAAAACUACUAAACGUGUAAUUAAGAAAGAUAAAGGGAAAAAGAAAGAAGUCACUGAGAUUGUUACAGUCGAGAAAGACGGAGAAGAACCGGUAACAAGCGUCACAGUGACAGAAGAAAAGUCGCCUGAGGAAGAUGACAUUAAGCCAGUUGAGAUCGUCGAACUUCCAGAAGAGACCACAUUUGAAGAGACAGAAACGCCUGAAGGUAAGCGCAAAGUUAAGAAAAUCACUAAGCGUACAAUAAGAAAACUGGGCCCGAAAAAGGAGACUACACAAAUUAUUACUGAACAAGAAGACGACAAGACACCAGUCGUCACAGUGCAUAGUACACAAGAACUCACUGACGAAACCGUAACACCUUUAGAUGAAACACACAUACCAGAGCAAGCUAAGGUUGUCGAAGAGCAGCCAGAAGAAGUUAAAGUGACUGAUGUUACAACUGAAACAGGUGAGACUAAGAAGGUUAAAACUACUAAACGUGUGAUUAAGAAAGAUAAAGGGAAAAAGAAAGAAAUCACUGAGAUUGUUACUGUCGAGAAAGACGGAGAAGAACCUAUAACAAGCGUCACGGUGACAGAAGAAAAGUCGCCUGAGGAAGAAGACAUUAAGCCAGUUGAGGUCGUCGAACUUCCAGAAGAGACUACAUUUGAGGAGACAGAAACGCCUGAAGGUAAGCGCAAAGUUAAAAAAAUCACUAAGCGUAUAAUAAGAAAAUUGGGCCCGAAAAAGGAGACUACACAAAUUAUUACUGAACAAGAAGACGACCAGACACCAGUCGUCACAGUGCACACUACACAAGAACUCACUGACGAAACCGUAACACCUCUAGAUGACUCACACAUACCUGAGCAAGCUAAGGUUGUCAAAGAGCAGCCUGAAGAAGUCAAAGUGACUGACGUCAUAACUGAAACAGGUGAGACUAAGAAGGUGAAAACUACUAAACGUGUAAUUAAGAAAGAUAAAGGGAAAAAGAAAGAAGUCACUGAGAUUGUUACAGUCGAGAAAGACGGAGAAGAACCGGUAACAAGCGUCACAGUGACAGAAGAAAAGUCGCCUGAGGAAGAAGACAUUAAGCCAGUUGAGAUCGUCGAACUUCCAGAAGAGACCACAUUUGAAGAGACAGAAACGCCUGAAGGUAAGCGCAAAGUUAAGAAAAUCACAAAGCGGACAAUCAGAAAACUAGGACCGAAAAAAGAAACUACACAAAUUAUUACUGAACAAGAAGACGACAAGACACCAGUCGUCACAGUACACACUACACAAGAACUCACUGACGAAUUCGUAACACCUUUAGAUGACUCACACAUUCCUGAACAAGCUAAGAUUGUCGAAGAGCAGCCUGAAGAAGUCAAAGUGACUGACGUCAUAACUGAAACAGGUGAGACUAAGAAGGUGAAAACUACUAAACGUGUAAUUAAGAAAGAUAAAGGGAAAAAGAAAGAAGUCACUGAGAUUGUUACAGUCGAGAAAGACGGAGAAGAACCGGUAACAAGCGUCACAGUGACAGAAGAAAAGUCGCCUGAGGAAGAAGACAUUAAGCCAGUUGAGAUCGUCGAACUUCCAGAAGAGACCACAUUUGAAGAGACAGAAACGCCUGAAGGUAAGCGCAAAGUUAAGAAAAUCACUAAGCGUACAAUAAGAAAACUGGGCCCGAAAAAGGAGACUACACAAAUUAUUACUGAACAAGAAGACGACAAGACACCAGUCGUCACAGUGCAUAGUACACAAGAACUCACUGACGAAACCGUAACACCUUUAGAUGAAACACACAUACCAGAGCAAGCUAAGGUUGUCGAAGAGCAGCCAGAAGAAGUUAAAGUGACUGAUGUUACAACUGAAACAGGUGAGACUAAGAAGGUUAAAACUACUAAACGUGUGAUUAAGAAAGAUAAAGGGAAAAAGAAAGAAGUCACUGAGAUUGUUACAGUCGAGAAAGACGGAGAAGAACCUAUAACAAGCGUCACGGUGACAGAAGAAAAGUCGCCUGAGGAAGAAGACAUUAAGCCAGUUGAGGUCGUCGAACUUCCAGAAGAGACUACAUUUGAGGAGACAGAAACGCCUGAAGGUAAGCGCAAAGUUAAGAAAAUCACUAAGCGUAUAAUAAGAAAAUUGGGCCCGAAAAAGGAGACUACACAAAUUAUUACUGAACAAGAAGACGACCAGACACCAGUUGUCACAGUGCACACUACACAAGAACUCACUGAAGAAACCGUAACACCUCUAGAUGACUCACACAUACCUGAGCAAGCUAAGGUUGUCGAAGAGCAGCCUGAAGAAGUCAAAGUGACUGACGUCAUAACUGAAACAGGUGAGACUAAGAAGGUGAAAACUACUAAACGUGUAAUUAAGAAAGAUAAAGGGAAAAAGAAAGAAGUCACUGAGAUUGUUACAGUCGAGAAAGACGGAGAAGAACCGGUAACAAGCGUCACAGUGACAGAAGAAAAGUCGCCUGAGGAAGAUGACAUUAAGCCAGUUGAGAUCGUCGAACUUCCAGAAGAGACCACAUUUGAAGAGACAGAAACGCCUGAAGGUAAGCGCAAAGUUAAGAAAAUCACAAAGCGGACAAUCAGAAAACUAGGACCGAAAAAAGAAACUACACAAAUUAUUACUGAACAAGAAGACGACAAGACACCAGUCGUCACAGUACACACUACACAAGAACUCACUGACGAAUUCGUAACACCUUUAGAUGACUCACACAUUCCUGAACAAGCUAAGAUUGUCGAAGAGCAGCCUGAAGAAGUCAAAGUGACUGACGUCAUUACAGAAACAGGUGAGACUAAGAAGGUGAAAACUACUAAACGUGUAAUUAAGAAAGAUAAAGGGAAAAAGAAAGAAGUCACUGAAAUUGUCACAGUCGAGAAAGACGGAGAAGAACCGGUAACAAGCGUCACAGUGACAGAAGAAAAGUCGCCUGAGGAAGAAGACAUUAAGCCAGUUGAGAUCGUCGAACUUCCAGAAGAGACCACAUUUGAAGAGACAGAAACGCCUGAAGGUAAGCGCAAAGUUAAGAAAAUCACUAAGCGUACAAUAAGAAAACUGGGCCCGAAAAAGGAGACUACACAAAUUAUUACUGAACAAGAAGACGACAAGACACCAGUCGUCACAGUGCAUAGUACACAAGAACUCACUGACGAAACCGUAACACCUUUAGAUGAAACACACAUACCAGAGCAAGCUAAGGUUGUCGAAGAGCAGCCAGAAGAAGUUAAAGUGACUGAUGUUACAACUGAAACAGGUGAGACUAAGAAGGUUAAAACUACUAAACGUGUGAUUAAGAAAGAUAAAGGGAAAAAGAAAGAAGUCACUGAGAUUGUUACUGUCGAGAAAGACGGAGAAGAACCUAUAACAAGCGUCACGGUGACAGAAGAAAAGUCGCCUGAGGAAGAAGACAUUAAGCCAGUUGAGGUCGUCGAACUUCCAGAAGAGACUACAUUUGAGGAGACAGAAACGCCUGAAGGUAAGCGCAAAGUUAAAAAAAUCACUAAGCGUAUAAUAAGAAAAUUGGGCCCGAAAAAGGAGACUACACAAAUUAUUACUGAACAAGAAGACGACCAGACACCAGUCGUCACAGUGCACACUACACAAGAACUCACUGACGAAACCGUAACACCUCUAGAUGACUCACACAUACCUGAGCAAGAUAAGGUUGUCGAAGAGCAGCCUGAAGAAGUCAAAGUGACUGACGUCAUAACUGAAACAGGUGAGACUAAGAAGGUGAAAACUACUAAACGUGUAAUUAAGAAAGAUAAAGGAAAAAAGAAAGAAGUCACUGAGAUUGUUACAGUCGAGAAAGACGGAGAAGAACCGGUAACAAGCGUCACAGUGACAGAAGAAAAGUCGCCUGAGGAAGAAGACAUUAAGCCAGUUGAGAUCGUCGAACUUCCAGAAGAGACCACAUUUGAAGAGACAGAAACGCCUGAAGGUAAGCGCAAAGUUAAGAAAAUCACAAAGCGGACAAUCAGAAAACUAGGACCGAAAAAAGAAACUACACAAAUUAUUACUGAACAAGAAGACGACAAGACACCAGUCGUCACAGUACACACUACACAAGAACUCACUGACGAAUUCGUAACACCUUUAGAUGACUCACACAUUCCUGAACAAGCUAAGAUUGUCGAAGAGCAGCCUGAAGAAGUCAAAGUGACUGACGUCAUAACUGAAACAGGUGAGACUAAGAAGGUGAAAACUACUAAACGUGUAAUUAAGAAAGAUAAAGGGAAAAAGAAAGAAGUCACUGAGAUUGUUACAGUCGAGAAAGACGGAGAAGAACCGGUAACAAGCGUCACAGUGACAGAAGAAAAGUCGCCUGAGGAAGAAGAUAUUAAGCCAGUUGAGAUCGUCGAACUUCCAGAAGAGACCACAUUUGAAGAGACAGAAACGCCUGAAGGUAAGCGCAAAGUUAAGAAAAUCACUAAGCGUACAAUCAGAAAACUAGGCCCGAAAAAAGAAACUACACAAAUUAUUACUGAACAAGAAGACGACAAAACACCAGUCGUCACAGUACACACUACACAAGAGCUCACUGACGAAACCGUAACACCACUCGAUGACUCACACAUUUCUGAACAAGCUAAGGUUGUCGAAGAGCAGCCUGAAGAAGUCAAAGUGACUGACGUCAUAACUGAAACAGGUGAGACUAAGAAGGUGAAAACUACUAAACGUGUAAUUAAGAAAGAUAAAGGGAAAAAGAAAGAAGUCACUGAGAUUGUUACAGUCGAGAAAGACGGAGAAGAACCGGUAACAAGCGUCACAGUGACAGAAGAAAAGUCGCCUGAGGAAGAAGACAUUAAGCCAGUUGAGAUCGUCGAACUUCCAGAAGAGACCACAUUUGAAGAGACAGAAACGCCUGAAGGUAAGCGCAAAGUUAAGAAAAUCACAAAGCGUACAAUCAGAAAACUAGGACCGAAAAAAGAAACUACACAAAUUAUUACUGAACAAGAAGAUGACAAGACACCAGUCGUCACAGUACACACUACACAAGAACUCACUGACGAAACCGUAACACCUUUAGAUGACUCACACAUUUCUGAACAAGCUAAGGUUGUCGAAGAGCAGCCUGAAGAAGUCAAAGUGACUGACGUCAUAACUGAAACAGGUGAGACUAAGAAGGUGAAAACUACUAAACGUGUAAUUAAGAAAGAUAAAGGGAAAAAGAAAGAAGUCACUGAGAUUGUUACAGUCGAGAAAGACGGAGAAGAACCGGUAACAAGCGUCACAGUGACAGAAGAAAAGUCGCCUGAGGAAGAAGACAUUAAGCCAGUUGAGAUCGUCGAACUUCCAGAAGAGACCACAUUUGAAGAGACAGAAACGCCUGAAGGUAAGCGCAAAGUUAAGAAAAUCACAAAGCGUACAAUCAGAAAACUAGGACCGAAAAAAGAAACUACACAAAUUAUUACUGAACAAGAAGAUGACAAGACACCAGUCGUCACAGUACACACUACACAAGAACUCACUGACGAAACCGUAACACCUUUAGAUGACUCGCACAUUCCUGAACAAGCUAAGAUUGUCGAAGAGCAGCCUGAAGAAGUCAAAGUGACUGACGUCAUAACUGAAACAGGUGAGACUAAGAAGGUGAAAACUACUAAACGUGUAAUUAAGAAAGAUAAAGGGAAAAAGAAAGAAGUCACUGAGAUUGUUACAGUCGAGAAAGACGGAGAAGAACCGGUAACAAGCGUCACAGUGACAGAAGAAAAGUCGCCUGAGGAAGAAGACAUUAAGCCAGUUGAGAUCGUCGAACUUCCAGAAGAGACCACAUUUGAAGAGACAGAAACGCCUGAAGGUAAGCGCAAAGUUAAGAAAAUCACAAAGCGGACAAUCAGAAAACUAGGACCGAAAAAAGAAACUACACAAAUUAUUACUGAACAAGAAGACGACAAGACACCAGUCGUCACAGUACACACUACACAAGAACUCACUGACGAAUUCGUAACACCUUUAGAUGACUCACACAUUCCUGAACAAGCUAAGAUUGUCGAAGAGCAGCCUGAAGAAGUCAAAGUGACUGACGUCAUAACUGAAACAGGUGAGACUAAGAAGGUGAAAACUACUAAACGUGUAAUUAAGAAAGAUAAAGGGAAAAAGAAAGAAGUCACUGAGAUUGUUACAGUCGAGAAAGACGGAGAAGAACCGGUAACAAGCGUCACAGUGUCAGAAGAAAAGUCGCCUGAGGAAGAAGACAUUAAGCCAGUUGAGAUCGUCGAACUUCCAGAAGAGACCACAUUUGAAGAGACAGAAACGCCUGAAGGUAAGCGUAAAGUUAAGAAAAUUAUUAAGCGUACAAUCAAAAAACUA